GUGUGUGUGCGAGUGUGCGAGAGAGUGCGUGUGCGUGCGUGUGUGUGAGAGAGUGUGUGUGUGUGUGAGUGUGAGUGUGUGCGUGUGCCGCACCUGCCGGGCGAUGCCAGCGGCCGGGCUGCCCGCCGGGGCUGCGCCGCGGCUAGCUCUUCCCGCCGCCGCCGCCGGCCGCCGCCGCUGCCUGCGCUGGGCAUGUCUCUGGGGCCGGCGGGGCCCCGGCUCCCUCCGCUCCUCGGCUUAUGGACGGCGGCAGCGGCAGCAGCAGCGCUAGCAAGCAAGCGAGCAAGCAACCUGCACCAGGACUGCGCGGAGGAGUGGGAGCCCGCGAUGCUUUGGCCUCAGUACUUUUCCUUAGCCUGUCUGGCUAACCGGGGCCAUUGCUGCCGCCGCUGCUGCUGCUAGACACACAACACACACCAACAUCAGGAGGGGGAAAAGUAAGGGAGAGAGGAGGAAAAAAAAAAAAAAAAAAAUCCCAGGAAGAUGGCGCCCACCAAGCCAAGCUUUCAGCAGGAUCCUUCCAGGCGAGAACGAAUAACUGUCCAGCAUCCUCUGCCCAACCAAUCAGAAUGUAGGAAAAUCUACCGAUAUGACGGAAUCUACUGUGAAUCUACCUACCAGAAUUUACAAGCUUUGAGGAAGGAAAAGUCCCGAGAUGCUGCUCGCUCUCGCCGGGGAAAGGAGAAUUUUGAAUUCUAUGAGUUGGCAAAGUUGUUGCCACUGCCUGCAGCCAUUACCAGCCAGCUUGACAAGGCAUCCAUCAUCCGACUUACAAUUAGCUAUCUGAAAAUGAGGGACUUUGCUAAUCAAGGUGAUCCUCCGUGGAACUUGAGGAUGGAAGGACCUCCACCUAACACAUCAGUAAAAGUUAUAGGUGCCCAGCGCAGGAGAAGUCCCAGUGCCCUUGCCAUUGAAGUAUUUGAAUCACAUUUGGGAAGUCAUAUUUUACAGUCUCUGGAUGGAUUUGUAUUUGCACUAAAUCAAGAAGGAAAAUUUUUGUACAUUUCAGAAACUGUCUCCAUCUAUUUAGGCCUGUCCCAAGUGGAACUGACAGGCAGCAGUGUGUUUGACUACGUCCACCCAGGAGACCAUGUGGAGAUGGCAGAGCAGCUGGGCAUGAAGCUUCCCCCGGGGCGAGGCCUUCUCUCGCAGGGUACAGCAGAGGAUGGAGCCAGCUCAGCAUCCUCAUCUUCCCAGUCCGAGACCCCUGAGCCAGUGGAAUCUACAAACCCCAGUUUGCUAACCACUGACAACACUCUAGAGCGCUCUUUUUUCAUCCGAAUGAAAUCUACACUGACCAAGCGAGGAGUGCACAUCAAAUCAUCAGGAUACAAGGUGAUUCAUAUAACAGGCCGGUUACGUCUGAGAGUAUCACUGUCACACGGACGGACAGUACCCAGCCAAAUCAUGGGACUUGUUGUCGUUGCUCAUGCUUUGCCACCUCCUACAAUUAAUGAAGUCAGGAUUGACUGCCACAUGUUUGUCACUCGUGUGAAUAUGGACCUCAAUAUCAUUUACUGUGAAAAUAGGAUUAGUGAUUACAUGGAUCUGACCCCUGUAGAUAUUGUAGGAAAGAGAUGUUACCACUUCAUUCAUGCUGAAGAUGUGGAAGGCAUUAGACAUAGUCACUUAGACUUGUUGAAUAAGGGUCAGUGUGUAACAAAGUAUUACCGCUGGAUGCAGAAGAAUGGAGGUUAUAUCUGGAUACAAUCUAGUGCAACCAUAGCUGUCAACGCCAAGAACGCAAGUGAGAAGAAUAUCAUUUGGGUCAAUUACCUCCUUAGUAACCCAGAGUACAAGGACACUCCAAUGGAUAUUGCACAACUUCCUCAUCUGCCAGAGAAAACCUCAGAAUCCUCAGAGACCUCUGACUCUGAAUCGGACUCAAAGGACAACUCAGAGGACAACGAGAACUCAAAGUCAGAUGAGAAAGGAAACCAGUCAGAAAACAGUGAAGACCCUGAAUCCGACAGGAAAAAGUCAGGAAAUCAGUCAGAUAAUGAAAUGAACUGUAAUGAGGAUGGGAACAGCUCCAGCAACCAGGACAGCAGGGACAGUGAUGACAGCUUUGAAAACUCAGACUUCGAGAAUCAAAAGGCCCCUGAGGACAGUUUUGGCACUCUUGGCUCUAUGCAGAUCAAAGUGGAGCGCUAUGUUGAGAGUGAGUCAGACUUGCGGUUGCAGAACUGUGAAUCACUGACCUCCGACAGUGCCAAGGACUCAGACAGUGCAGGUGAAGUAAAUGCCCAGUCUUCCAGCAAACAUCAGAAGAGGAAGAAGAGGAGAAAAAAGCAAAAGGGAGGCAGCAUGACCCGGAGAAGGCUGUCAAGCACCUCAAGUCCAAAUGGACUUGACUCAGCUUUGGUGGACCAGCCCCAGCUGCUCUCGUCACCAAACAGUGCCUCAGUGCUCAAAAUUAAAACAGAAAUCUCAGAACCUAUCAAUUUUGAUAAUGAUAGCAGUAUUUGGAAUUACCCACCCAACAGGGAAAUCUCAAGGAAUGAAUCACCCUACAGUAUGACCAAGCCCCCCAGCUCCGAGCACUUCCCUUCCCCCCAAGCCAGCAGUAGUUUACACGUCUCCAUUCCAGACUCUGUUCUCACCCCACCAGGGACUGAAAAUUCUGCCAGCCGUAAAACUCAGUUCAGCACCUCAUCCAACUCGGCCUUGGCUCCAGUGUCCUCUGACCCUUUGUCACCCCCACUUUCAGCAUCUCCAAGGGACAAACAUCCAGGAGGUCCCACAACGUCCAACUCUUUGUUGUACACUGGGGAUCUGGAAGCCCUUCAGAGGUUACAAGCAGGCAAUGUGGUGCUUCCUUUGGUUCACAGGGUAACGGGAACCCUUGCUGCGACCAGCACUGCUGCUCAGAGGGUCUACACCACUGGCACUAUUCGGUAUGCUCCAGCUGAAGUUACUUUAGCCAUGCAGGGCAACCUCCUCCCCAACACCCAUGCUGUUAACUUUGUUGAUGUUAACAGCCCCAGCUUUGGGCUGGAUCCUAAAACACCGAUGGAAAUGCUCUACCACCACGUUCACCGACUCAAUAUGUCGGGACCGUUUGGAAGUGCUGUGAGCGGGGCCAGUCUGACCCAAAUGCCUGCAGGGAAUGUGUUCACAACUGCCGAAGGACUUUUUUCCACUCUUCCAUUUCCUGUGUACAGCAAUGGCAUUCACACUACACAGACUCUGGAACGGAAAGAGGAUUGAAAUAUGACCACAUACUGUGUUCAGUGUUAUACUCUGAGGCAUAGACUAUGUUUUAAUUUAGACCUUUAAUUCUAGCACUUUGAAUUUGAGCAGGUCAGCUUAUUAUCUCAAUAUGAUGGUCCCCAUUUCAUUCCCUUUCUCUUUAACUUGACUUAUUCUUUAAUGUAAAGAUAUUUUUUUAUUUUUGCCUUCAGAGAGUCGAAGUACCAGUUGCCUGCCAUUUUGUCUUCUUCUAAGAUGUGUGUUUUUUCCUUUGCAUCUUUAUUAAGAUGCCUUUAAUAUGUGUAUGCCUCUGCCAUAGAAUACUCAGUGUUGUGGUAAAGAGAUUUUAAAGUGACAACCAUUGGUUUUACUUCAAAAUGAUCUUGAUAUGAUCAAGAUUAAAAGAGACAAGCAUAAACAAUGUGCCCUGUUUGACUAAGUCAAAUGAAAAGGGGGUUUUGUUCCUAAUUCCUUUAAAAUAGGGGAUAGUAUUUUAGAAUUUUAUGCAGAGUUUAAUUCUCUUUUUAUGGUUAAGAUUUUCUUACUUGCACAUAAAAUAAUUUGGGUUCUUAAAAAGUUAAUUUCUGGCCUGUGACUAGAAUGUUAAAAAGUUGGACUAAAUGUUAAUUACAGAAAAUUUAACUUAAUUUCUAAAACCAUGGUGCUAUCAUUUAUUAAUCUGUAAUGUCUCCAUACAAUAUGCAGCUUGUGGGCUGGGUUUUUUGGAAAGAAUGUGUUCCGUACUGGUUUAUAGUGGGGUGCUGCAGUCUCCUUGGUUAGUUAAGACAAAAGCCCUCAUUAACAUUUGCUGCAGGACUUAAAAUUUGUUACCUCCAAACUAACAAGCAUGGCCUCACAUCAAAUUUAAAUGGGUCAGGAAGCCUUUUACAAAAAGAGCUUAAAAACAGAAAACUCAAUUUAAUUGACGCGAGGAGCAGUUUCUUAGGUGCAUAUUGUUUUGCUUUAUUUUUUUUCUCAGUGUAACUGAGGCUAAUUUUACAACAUCAAAUAACACUUCAGAGUAAAA